AUGUCUGACAAAGAGAACGACCCAGUUCCCGAGCAAAUCCAGGAUGAGGAGCCUGACUUCUCCAAGCUCAAAAAGAAGAAAAAGUCCAAGAAAAAGGUUGACUUUGACGUUGACGAUGUAGCAAACGACACAAAGGAAGAAGCUGCUCCUGCUGCUCCUGCUGACGAUGCUGAAGAGGAUCCUGAAGCUAUGUUUGCCGAUCUCAAGAAGAAAAAGAAGAAAAAGUCCAAGAGUCUACCAGAGGAGGAUGGUGAGGCAGCAGCACCUGCAGAAGGAAAUGAAGAAGAUCUUGAUUUUGGAGCAUUGAAGAAGAAGAAAAAGAAAAAGAAAAACAUGGCCGAAUUCGAAGCAGAGCUUGCUGAACAAGAUGGAACUGAUACCACUGGCGCUGCCGAAGAAAAGAAGCAAGGUGGCGAGGAAGCAUGGCUUAACAGCGACCGUGAUUAUCAAUAUGAAGAGUUGUUGGGUCGUGUAUUCAAGAUCUUAAGACAAAACAAUCCUGAAUUGGCAGGCGAGAAGAGACGCUACACCAUCGUUCCACCCUCCAUUCACCGUGAUGGUAGCAAAAAGACUGUGUUCGCCAACGUUGCUGAUAUUUGCAAGCGUCUUCAUCGUCAACCUGAACACGUGAUUCAAUUCUUGUUCACUGAAUUGGGUACAACUGGUUCCGUGGAUGGUGCUCAACAAUUGAUUAUCAAGGGUCGAUGGCAACAAAAGCAAAUUGAAAACGUGCUUCGUCGAUACAUCGUUGAAUACGUUACUUGUAAGACUUGUAAGAGUCCAGACACCAUUUUAUCCAAGGACAAUCGUCUUUACUUUGUGCAAUGUGAAUCAUGUGGUUCUACACGAUCUGUAUCUGCCAUCAAGACCGGUUUCAAGGCCCAAACUAGAGAUGACAGGCGGGCGCUUAGAGCAUAA